ACAAUCAAUCAAUCUUCGAAUGAUGAUGAAUUAUAAUCAGUAAAGCUGUGAAAAAAAAGGCCAAGCCAAACCAGAUCAAAUCUGAUAUCGAACCCACCCAAUCAUUGACAGCUGUUUGUUUUAUCAAUUUAAAAAUUUUUGACUAAAUUUUGAUUCAUGUGCCAUAAAUUCUUCUUGACCUUGAUUUUGUGCGUGUGUAUUCAAUGGUAUGAUUAUUGAUUCAUGGUCAUUGGUAAAAUUGAAUGUUGGCUCGUCGUUAAUUAGAAAACCAAACGAAACACAAACACAAAGACCAUAAAAAUAAAAUGACUGUCACUGACUUUUACACACACACACACAACAAGUACACAAUAUUAACACUCAGUAGGUACAAGCGUGAGAGAAUCGAAUUUGUAAUUAUAAUUAAAAGAUUAAACCAAUCGUUAUUAUAACAAAGACAAGCCAAAAAAAUUCAAUGAAUAAAUGAAUAGAUUCCGUUAUUUUAUUCUAUUUUUUUUACCAAGAAAAACCAACCCUUUUCCUACACUUCAACAAGAAAUUGAAAAAAAUUACUUCAUAUUCCAAACGAACCAUAUGAAGAACCCAGUUCAUUUUCUGAGAAUAUAAAAAGUGAAUUGUAAAUUGACCAUUCUAACAAAAUGAACUAAGUUGGUAAUUGGUGGGAACAAGCAGCGAACAUUUAUUCAGUGUUCAAAAAGUUGAAAAUUAUGAUUGAAAUUUGUGAUAAUAAAUAUUAUGUUAAUGAUGAAUAUAGUGCCGCCGACGCCACCACUUCUUCCGCUGUUUGGCAAUCAUCGCCAUCAUCGGUGACAACAGCUACUGGCGCUACAAAACGUGAGGCACCAUAUAAACCAGAUUCCUUCGACAAUUGUACUCGAUCACCGUCAGAGGAUGAUGAACCUCCCCCACGAAAAUCAUUUAAAUUUAAUGUGAUUUAUCUGGAAAAUUCCACGCCACAAACACAUCAACGACAAUCUCAUUAUUCACCAUCGAUGACCAUAUAUUCAUUAUCUGAUCUUGAGCAUCAACAAUUUGCUAAUUAUCAUUAUAAUAAUCAAUUAUUGAAUCAAAUUCAAGAAUCAAACAUGACUUUGACAUCAUCAAAUAGUUUACACAAUAAUAAUAACCAUCAAGUACAAGAAUCGUCAUCCCCAUCAAUUGGUGAUGGAACAUCUCCGUCUGGAUCAUCUUCAAUUGUCAAUCCAACACCGCCAGUGAUGAAUCUUUCGGAAAGCGGUUCACCACAGCAAAGAUCACAACAUCUCACAACAAAUACACCGCCAUCUUCAACACCGCCAUCAUCCUCAUCUUCACCAUCAACAUCAAUUCCGACAUCUGGACAUUUGUUUAUAUCGACGGCAAAAAAGUCUGUUUCAGCCUCAGCAUCAAAUUCUACCAUGAUCAAUGAUAAUCAACAGCAACAAGUGAUCACAACAACAUUAGCACAGCAACAACAAGAAUCACCAUAUUUUGUCUAUAGCAACGAUGCUAGCCCACAUUUGUCUCCGGAUCAAUUAACAACAAAUAAUAAUAUUGGACAAAAUCUUGCUCUGAAUCAUCAUCAUCAUCAGCAUAAUCAUCAACAACAACAACGAUCUGCGAUCGCUCCACAAAGUGCUACCGCUAUUGUUCAUCAUCAGCAACAGCAACAAUUAGCGACCACUACAGGAUUAACUCAAUCGAAUUAUCUCAAUCACCAUCAUAUUGGCCAUCAUCAUUCAUCAUCACCGCAAUCUGAUCUGCCACAAUUGGUUGUGCAACAAUUUAAUCCGGCUCUGAAUUCGGCCGUACGUUUAUUCGCUCCAACUUCUCAACGAUCAAUUAGUAAUCGUUCAGUACAAAGUCACGCAUUCAAUGCUACUCCAAUGUAUGCUGCCACAUUCGACACUGCUGCAGCAACUGGAACUGUCAAUGGAAAUGCAGCUAACGUCAUUGGAUCACCAUCACCAUCUAGUUCAUUAUCUAAUUUCACCUUUGCAAAUGAUACUCGUGAAUGUGUCAAUUGUGGUAAGAGUGCCGUAUCUACUCCUCUUUGGCGUCGUGAUGGCACGGGCCAUUAUUUAUGCAAUGCAUGUGGUCUAUAUCAUAAAUCCAAUGGCAAUAGUCGCCCAUUGGUUCGAAAUCAACGACGACUAUCGAGUACUAAUCGACGAACAGGUAUGAAAUGUUCUAAUUGUACAACAACCACAACAUCAUUAUGGCGCCGAAAUAAUAAUGGUGAUCCCGUCUGUAACGCAUGUGGGCUUUAUUUCAAAUUACAUGGCGUUCACCGCCCAUUAACAAUGAAAAAAGAUCAGAUACAGACCAGAAAACGGAAACCGAAAUCAAUGGCAAACACACCAACGUCAUCAUUAGCCGCACAUCAAAAUAAUGCUGCUUCAGCAGCCGCUGCAGUAGCUGCUAGUGUUAACAAUAUUGGUGCUUCUAAUUCGGCUGUGUUAGCCGCUGGAAAUCAUACAAUUACUGCUCCAGUCUCUGCUUCAACAAUUUUUAGGAAUGGUUUAGUUCAAGCCAGUCCACAACAACAGCAACAUUUUCUAUCUUCACUUCCGCCUUAUUUGUUCGCAAACAAUGCUCAUACUCCUGUUCACCAUCAUCAACCAUCUUUUGUUGGCUUAUCGAAUGUCGCUCAUCAAAGUAGCUUAGGCAUUGGUGGCAAUAAUAGUGGUGGUGGCACAAGUUUCGGAUCUACACGAACCACAGGAUCAAUCAGUGAUAUGGCAGCAGCUGCAGCGGCAGCUGCUGCCGCAGCCGCUGCUGCUGUUUCUGGGGUUAGCCCAAAUUCUGCUGCCGCAUCUCAACAUCUACAAUUUAGUGGUGGCGAAUCCUAUAGCGGUAAUUGCGGAGUUGGCCUAACUCAUCAUUUUGGACCAAAUGCCAUAGGUGACAGUACGAUGGCAGCUAUAAUUAAUAAUGACAGUCUUGAUUUGUUGAAUCAGCAUCAUCAUCAUCAUCAUAAUUCUAUACCGGCAUCACCAGAUAGUACUAAUCAACAACAACAGCAGCAGCAGCAAACAUCUAAUAAUAAUGAUAAUGAGCAGAAUCAACAACAAUUUUAUUCAUCUUUAUCGACACGAGAAUCUUCUUGAUUAUCAUCAACUUCAAUAUUUUAAAUCAUAACUAUCAAAAUGUUAUUCAGUCAACCUACAAAUGCCUCGACUGCCAGAUAUGAUGGCUUACAUUUAUGGAAUUCUUCGUUACAAAUCAAACUUAACGAUUCUAACUCAUCGAAUCAAAUCAAUUCACGUUGAAUCAUCGAAUCAAUUCAUAGAAUCAUAUCAUUUAACUUAUCAUUUUUAUUAUCACUAGAAAAAAAAAUUUGAAAUCGUGCCUAAAUUUCAAAUCUUGAAGCUGAUAUCAUCCAACUGCUGCUCAUUCUUUGUUUCACUUGAUUAUUUGUUAUGUUUUUCUUAUGUGACAUUUACAUUCUUGAUUCAUAUAUAUUAUUCAUAUAUUUUUUCUAAUUUCACAUUUUUUGAUUCACUCUAUAUAUAUAUUAUAAUUUAAG